AUGCCCUCGCUGGUCAUGGAGGACCAUCUAGGCAUCGUGUACGUCGUGGAGACAGCUCAGCAGUUCUGGUCAGAACUGGAUGACAUUAUAAAAGGACUCAAUGAGCUUGACGCACCAACAUUGUCGCAACUGGAUUCGACGCUGAGGCGAUUUUUGACGCUCUGUGCGACAUAUCAUGAACAAUACCUCCAGAGCCCAUUGCAGCUGGAACACGCCUUUGAACUUCUACUGGACUCCGAGCUAUUCCAGUUUCACUCGGAAAGGAUGUGUGAGAUCGUGGUGGAAGAUGCUCUCAAGACGACCGACCCGCAUACUCUCUUCAUCCUUUACAAUACGCUUUACUUCCAUGGUCACCGCAGAGUCGAAGCCCUGAAGAAUCACAAACGCUGGCAACCCAUUAUACCGCAUUUGAUGGAUCACAUCUUGGUCGAGAUUGACCCGGAUGUGGAGGACACAUUCUUUGGCGCCGCUGGAUCAAGAGGGUCGAUAAUCAUCAGCGGCACUUCAGUCCCCGUCCCGAUCGAGGUCAAGCUGAGGAGUUUGGGAAUCAAACUGUUGUAUGAGAUAUGCAAGGUGCAGAAGAUGACCGCCGUGGAUCUUAAGAUUUUCGACGACUCCUUCAUAGACUAUCUGUUCGAGCUCGUGGAGCAAACCAAGUACAUGCAAGAUGAUGCCUUCAACUACUCUGUGAUCAAACUAAUUGUUGCUCUCAACGAGCAGUUCAUGGUGGCGGGACUCGGAAGCGACUCUCAGAAGGCGCCGGACGAAUCCAACAACCGCAUCAUUCGUAUCCUCGUUCGACGGUUUGGGAACAGCCACACAUUUGGUGAAAACUUAAUUUUCAUGCUGAAUCGAGCAAAACAUACCCCCGAGGACCUUUGCAUGCAACUCCUGAUCCUCAAACUUCUUUACGUUCUCUUCACGACAAAAAGCUUGGCGGAGUAUUUCUACACAAAUGAUCUCUGCGUUUUGGUAGACGUAUUUCUGCGAGAGCUUUCCAACCUUGAUGAAAGUAACGAAUCGCGACCUCACAUUAUGUCGUUGCUGGAGUCCUUGAUUGCAAAUGAGAACAUCCGAGAUAUCAACCCAACUACCAAACGUCUUGUCGAACGCUGUCUUUCUGGUGAAUGGUGCGUUCAACUCAAGGCGUCUCGUCCUCCCCCCUCGAAUCCGCCCGGGAGCCCGAGCAGUGAUUCUGGCUCAAUGUUCGGUCGCCCAUCCCACAUUUCGCUUGCCACCGCAAAGAACCUAGAAGUGACCACCGACAAAUUCAAGAACAUGAAAUUCAGCAAGAGCGUGGAGAACUUGGGUCUGAGACCCGAAGCUUCACGACCACCUCCCAUUCCUCGUUCCCCUCUUGACCAAGUCAGACAUCCCAACAAUGCAAGUUCGGUCAGCUUGUCAGCUGUGCCCGUCGCUUCAUCAACAUCAUCUGCGGCUAAAACCUCCCCGCCUGUUCCCCAACGAAGAAACACCGCAUCCUCUUCCUACAGUAACGACGCUCGCUCCCAGUACUCCGAGUCCGGUUCGUCUUCCUCAAGUGGAUCUCUCGCCGACUCAAUCGCAGCCUCGACUGUCCGCUCUGUUCCUUCGAUGCACCACAAAAAUGCCAGCCAUCCUUCACUAGCCUCCUCGCUGCCCAGGUCCUCCACCCUGAAUGGAGAUCCUGGUACCCAUCAGCGUACGACGAGGCGACCACCCCCGGCUCCGCCUAAGCGACGCAAGCCCCCAGCGAUUCCGACAACCAACGGCGUCACGAUGUACCCCAUCAAAUCCUCUGAGCCGAGCCCUUUAUCAAACGUUAUGAAGGCACCGUCGGGGUCCUAGAUCUUUUGUCCCGCGUAUGCUUUGCGUCCAAGGAGGAUCCGAUCCUGGUUUUUGUUUGCACUUGUCCUUGACGAACGAUGCUUCGAUGUUAGCCUUCCCUAUCGCAUUCUAAUACCGCUGAUUCCUUCCCCAUUCCUCCCUAAACGAUUCUUCACUCACUCUCGCAGUUCUUAGUAUACAUACAGCACAGAUUCUUCUCGACGCCACACUUCCAUCUUGUCAUCGGACAGAACGAUCAUAUCUUGUGUAUCCAUACCAUUAUACCAGAUUUCUUUGGCUUCGCUCUUGGUUCAUGGGACUCUUCACGCUUGCACUUUCGCAUACGUUUCGCAUUCUUACCCUAUAGUCCACUCGCAGCGGCAGCAGCCGCGGCCCGUAUCCCGCACCCUUUCCCCGACAAUUCAUGAUUCCCGGAUCUACCUCCA